AUGAAAAGAAAUGGAAUGAUCCUGACACGAUGCUUGACCAGGCCUUUUCAAGGCCAAAGAUGGUUCAUUUCCCACCACGAAAACAGCGAGCAACGGAUUACCUCCAUCCCUGAGGAAUCGUCAUUUCCGUGUCCAUUUCUGGUGACAGAGAACACGAAAUGUCCGGAUAUACCGUCACACUCUGACGAAAAACAAAGGUACACUAUAACCCCAGUAAUCAAACCAUUCCAGAGCAUUCCCGGGCCAAGAGGACUUCCUGUUGUGGGAACUCUCUUUGAUUAUAUGAAGAAAGACGGACUCCGGUUCACAAAAUUAUUUGAGGCAUACAGAAUAAGAGCACUCCAAUAUGGACCGAUUUACAAAGAGACCAUUGCCAACCAAUCAACAGUUGUUGUUAGCGAUCCUGCUGAAUACAAUAAAAUCGUGAGGACGGAGGGAAGGUACCCAACCCGGAGUGUGAUGGAACCGUGGUUUUAUUACCGGGAGCAGAAGAAGCUUGGACAAGGCCUUGUGAAUUCAAAUGGUGCAGAAUGGUAUAAACUUCGGACGGUGUCUGCCAAGAAGAUGCUGAAGAUGAAGGAAGUACUGGACUUCUGUACAGAUAUGGACAACGUCGCCAGCGAUUUCACAAUUCACAUUUCCAAAGUCAGAAAUGACCAAAACGAAGUUCUGGGUAUCGAAAAGGAGAUUUUCAAAUGGGCCAUGGAGUCAAUGGGAACUUUCUUGUUCGAUUCGAGAAUUGGUUUAUUGGGAACAAAUCCACCGAAACAAUCACAGGACUUCAUAGACAAUCUGCAAGGCUUCUUCAGAUUAAUGCAGCCAUUGACCUACAACUUUCCACUGUACAAAAUCUUCCCGACCACAGAAUGGAGGCAUUUUCAAAGAUAUGCUGACAACGUGUUCCGGAUCGGAAGAUCAUUUGUGGACAAGAUAACAUCCCAGAUCGCACACAAACCUCUGAAAGGAGUGAAAUCUUCUUUCGUCCACUAUAUCAGGAGUCAGGAAUCUCUUACUGAAAACGAGGCUCUAUCUACAGUUGUGGACCUUCUAGUGGGGGCCACAGAAACGACAUCAAACGCGUGCCUGUGGGUGUUGUAUUGUCUGGCUCGACACCCAGAGGUUCAAGAGAAAUUGUAUGAGGAGACAAAGAGUGUUUUACCAAACAAAGAAACGAUCACUCCGGAGAAGCUCUCACAACUCCAGUACGUCAAGGCUGUUCUUAAAGAAACCCUUCGAAUGUACCCAAUCACGUUUGCCACGAGCAGAUUCAUGGAAAAGGACAUUGAGAUAGCAGGAUAUAAUAUACCACUAGGGACCCAUGUUCAGUGCAACCUGUACGGAAUAUACCUAGACGACAAACACUUCGUGGAACCCAAGGCAUUCAGGCCUGAACGUUGGCUGAGAGAAAAUAAAAUGGACAAGGAAGUGAAGGCUCUUUCUAACCUUGUCUGGGGUCACGGGGCACGCAUGUGUAUAGGUCGUCGUUUGGCAGAGCAGGAAAUUCAUAUCCUCGUGACCAAGAUUAUACAGGAGUUUCGUUUGGAGUACAACCACGAACCCGUGGGGGCUGUUGUGAGGACCGUAAUGACGCCUGAUCGUCCUCUGCGUAUUUCUUUCGUCCCAAGGACCUAACAAAACAAACUGUAAAUGUAAAAUCUCCGUCACGUAUCACACGAAUUCGUACGCUACUGAUUCGUCAUUUUGAUGACGUAUUGACAACAAGAAAGAGAAAGAGUCUCCCUAUUCCUAAUCCUGCAAAAAUCAAGAAUAAAAUUUGGUAUUCUGAAGACAGUAAAAAAAAAACCCCACAAAAGUCAGAGAGGCAAAGAAAAAAAGUUUUUUGCAGUAAUGUGAUAAAACGAGGAAUCCUCACAGUAACAGGAUAAGAAGAGUAAAGAAAUAUCUCGCAACAUCUUUGUACUGAGAAAUAAAAACGCAUUGUUGUGGC